AUGGCAGAAGUAGAAGAUCCAGGAUAUGAAAGUAGCGAUGAUCUAGGCGAGGAAACGUCUGGAGACAUCGGUCUCAGUACACCAAAGCUUCAAGCAUUUUCAAAUCUGGGAGAGUUUGAGGUCUGGGUUCCGCAGACAAAUAUGGAUGCGGAUUCUGAAGAUGAUGAGGAUGAGGAUGAUGGCUUGGGAGAAGAGGAACGAGCGUCCUACACUACAGCGAGUAACUUUGAAGAGUCGACUGAGAACUUCACGAGAACUAUGCGGGAUAAGAAUCCGAGAGUCAAGGUUACGUAUAGACGGUUUCCAGACAAGAGGGCUAUGAAGAAGUGCUGGUUCGACCAUUCAUAG